AUGGGGGAAUGGACAAUUCUCGAGCGUCUCCUGGAGGCGGCUGUCCAACAGCACUCUACUAUGAUUGGGAGGAUCCUGCUAACUGUUGUGGUGAUCUUCCGGAUUCUAAUUGUGGCGAUUGUUGGAGAGACCGUGUACGACGACGAGCAGUCAAUGUUUGUGUGUAACACUCUGCAGCCAGGCUGUAACCAAGCUUGCUAUGACAAAGCGUUCCCUAUAUCUCACAUCAGAUACUGGGUUUUCCAGAUCAUCAUGGUUUGCACACCCAGUCUCUGCUUCAUCACAUACUCUGUGCAUCAGUCGGCCAAACAGAAGGAGCGGAGGUAUUCUACCAUCUACCUGUCCCUCGACAAAGACCCCGAUACGAUGAGGCGAGACGACAGCAAAAAGAUCAAAAACACCAUUGUGAACGGAGUACUUCAAAACACGGAGAACUCCACCAAAGAGUCCGAGCCUGACUGUCUAGAGGUCAAAGAGAUCCCCAAUUCAGCCAUGAGAACUACCAAAUCUAAAAUGAGAAGACAAGAGGGCAUCUCCAGGUUUUACAUCAUUCAGGUGGUGUUCAGAAACGCACUGGAAAUUGGCUUCCUGGUGGGCCAGUAUUUCUUGUACGGAUUCAACGUGCCCGCCGUGUACGAGUGCGACCGCUAUCCUUGCAUCAAAGACGUCGAAUGCUACGUAUCAAGACCUACGGAGAAAACCGUGUUCCUCGUCUUCAUGUUUGCAGUCAGUGGGAUUUGCGUGGUGCUCAACCUGGCUGAACUCAAUCACCUGGGCUGGAGGAAAAUUAAAACAGCGGUGAGGGGGGUUCAGGCCAGGAGGAAGUCCAUCUAUGAGAUCAGAAACAAGGACUUACCGCGGAUGAGCAUGCCGAAUUUCGGAAGAACCCAGUCCAGUGACUCUGCCUACGUUUAA